CUGUGUCUCCAUUUGUUGCUUUGAACUACAUCACACAUACACGAACACACAGUCCUUUUCUCACUCUCAAAGGAGGAGCCUUUCACUUUUGUUUCUCCCAAAAAUCUCAAAUUUAAGCUGAACCCCAUUGCAAUGUUCUGUCUUUUUCUCUAUAUUUAAGUUGAACCAUGAAAUAUUGUUGCAUUUAAGCUGAUCUCAUUCAUUAGAUUUCUGUAUGGAUUUGGCUGGUGGAGUGGAGUUUCUGUUUCUCUUGUAUCAUUUGCUUGUAUAAGUUAAGCAGUUCAAAUUCUGCUUUUACACAAUGGGGGUUGACAAAGAAGGACCGAAAAAUGGAGGUUAUGUCGGUGGAUUUUUUCAGCUAUUUGACUGGAAAGCGAAAUCUCGGAAGAAGUUAUUCUCUAGCAAGUCUGAUUUUCCAGAGCGAUCAAAACAGGGAAAGAGAAAUGAUGGGAACUUGCCGAUGACACGACUCCAUCUGACUGAUGAGGAUGAACUUGGAGCCGGGACAAGCAUAAAGGGAAGUAGCGAUUAUAGUUGUGCUUCCUCAGUCACAGAUGAUGAUAUGUAUGGUACUAGGGCCCCUAGUGUGGUUGCCAGGCUUAUGGGAUUAGAUUCAUUACCCACAUAUUCUGAGCCAUACUCCACCCCUUUGUUUGACACUCAAUCUCUUCGAGAUGCUCAUUUCCGGAAUAGAAACCUUAAUUAUCAUCAUGACAAACUAGGAGUUUAUCCUGGAGAUCUUUUCAGUAAGAUUGAGGGCCCUGUGAGGAACUUUAUGGAGUCAAUGCCUCAGAAGACAGUCAGCAAGCCUAUAGAGAAAUUCCAAAUCGAAAGUUUGCCCCCUAAGGCAGCUAAAACAAUUCCCAUUACCCACCAUAAACUUUUGUCUCCUAUCAAGAGUCCUGGUUUUAUUCCGAUUAAGAAUGCGGCUCACAUAAUGGAAACAGCUGCACGAAUUAUUCAGCCUGGCCCACAAGCCGCAACUAGAGCCAAAAUGCCUCAGGUUGGUUCGUCCUCAGUGCCAGUGAAAGUUCGUGAUUACAAAGAAAAAAUGGAGGCUGCGCAAAAAAUGCCUGUGGUCAGAUCUUCUUCUGUGCCCUUGAAAGCUCAAGAUUUAAGAGAGAAAACAGAAUCUGCACAUAAUACAUCGAGGCUCACUGAAAGGACUAGAAGGCCAGUUGAGUCAAAUGCGGCCAAGUAUCUUAAAGGACAAUCUUUGAACAAGAGCUGGAAUGGAUACAUAGAGACAACAUCACCCAGGACUUCUGAUACUGAAGAAAUUUCUUCUGCUUUAAAGAAUAAAGGGAGGUCGAUAUCACUUGCAAUCCAAGCUAAGGUCAAUGUGCAGAAAAGAGAAGGAUUAGCUUCUAGCAGCAACCGGAAUUUGUUAGGGUCGAAAGACCAGAGUGAGGUUAAGUGUAGUCAAGCCUUCAAGAUUCAACCAAGUACUCAAAAGAGUUUGCAUAAGAAACCUUCAAUGCACAAUUCUUCUAGUGUACUCAGGCAGAACAAUCAGAAGCAGAACUCCAUAGCCGAUAAGGACAAAUUACCUUCAAAGAAUGCGGGUGCCAAUUUGCACAGUAGAAAAGUGCUCUCUGGGGAUUCUGCUUUUGCGCAACAUAGAAUGUCAGUUAAAACUGUUGGAAACUCCAAAACUGGCUCGAGGAAGUUGGGCUUAGUUACAGCAGAUAGCGAAAAAGGAGGUCCAUAUUCCAGUACAAAGAACCCGAGGAAGAAAAGAUCAAUAGAUAGGGAUUUCCAUUUUGAGAAAAAUCAGGUUGUUGAUAGUUUGUUGAUUGACAGAAACCAGAAGAAAGAUCAUCCUGUUACAGAAAGGAACAUCAGCUGGGUUGAAGAUAGCAAGAAGAAAGGCAUGGAUGUUGUCUCAUUCACAUUCACAGCCCCGCUUACCCGUUCAAUGGAAACAUCUCAGGUUUCUCAGAAAAAUAACAGCUUUUGCUUGGAUAAUCGGGGUAAGAGAUUGUUGCUUGACACUGAGAGUCUGAAGUUGCCUUCAUCAGGAUAUAAUGUGAUAGGGGGAGAUGCUUUAAGCAUGCUUUUGGAACAGAAGCUAAGAGAAUUAAGUAAUGCGGUUGAAUCAUCUUGCCAAAAGUCUCUCAAUUCAGGAUCACCUUCUAGUUCUACAUCAUUUUCACAUGAUUUUGUGCAAAGCACUCCUAAUGCUUUUAAUAGCUUGCCCCAGUUGCAUGAUAAACUUGGUAGUUGUCACAGUUCUGAUCUUUCCUGUGCUGAUUUUCAACUGCUCGGAUUGAAACACAAGCUUCAGGGAGGAGUUGAUGAAUGCAGUAGCAGCCCUCUUGAUGCUUGGCAACCUAGUCCAGUCUCUAUCCUUGAACCGACGUUUUCAACUGAAAGCUGCAACUCUUCAGAUAGCACUGAUAGUUUCAGUAUAGAAGGAAGUAAGCAGUGUUCAUCUGUCCAAGCUCAGGAAGUUCUUGGGCUAAGUUCUUUAAAGAAGCUACGCUCACUAGAAGCUGAUACAGAGUUAUCAGAUUCUGCUUCCUCCAUGUAUUCAAGAACUGUGGCUAAAUGUAAUGAAAAUAUUGUUGUUAUGUCAGAAUCCAUGAAAUCAUCCAACUGGGAACUAGAAUAUGUGAAGCUGAUACUGUGUAACGUGGAGUUAAUGUUCAAGGACUUUGCCUUAGGCCGUGCUCGUGAAACUAUAAAUCCUCAUCUCUUUGAUCAGUUGGAAAGCCGAAGUGUUGGAUUUGGACGUGAUGGUGAGUCGAGGCUAGAACGGAAGGUACUAUUUGAUUCAGUCAGUGAAUGCAUGGACUUGAGAUGCAGACGGUAUGUUGGUGGAGGAUACAAAACGUGGACAAAUGGGAUGACAAUCCUGAGACGAAAUGAGUGGCUAGCUGAAGAAGUGUACAAGGAGAUAUGUGGGUGGAGAGGUAUGGGAGAUUGCAUGGUGGACGAGCUUGUGGACAAAGACAUGAGAAGCCAACAUGGAAAGUGGCUGGAUUUCGAAGUAGAUGUGUUCGCACUAGGAGCAGACAUCGAGGGUCAAAUACUGAAUGCCUUGGUUGAUGAGAUGAUUAGUGAGUUCUUGCCAUUUUAAAAGCUUUGUCAGUAAUGGACGGUGGUUGAGUUUAUGCACAUGGAAAAUGGGUUGGCUUCUUUAAAGUUGAUGAUGCAGCAAUCUGUAUAUGGGGGGCGGGGGGCGGGGGGUGGGGGGACAAUGAGGGCCAAAUAUUGAAAGCUUUUUUGGCAGCUGAAUAUGAUCAUCAAUGACAGCCAUGAUGUACUCUUUAAGCAUUUAGUUUUGUUUUGUCACUGCAAAAUUUCUAGUGUAUGUUGUUUCUCUUCAUAUAUAUAGAGAGAGAGUUAUCAUCCCUUGGGGAUCUUAUUCUUGUAAUCAUGAAAGAUUCUUUAAAGUUAAUUCUUCAAACUAUUGUGAA